UUGUACAGAGACACGUUACAGUUUUCUUUCGGUAUAAAAGCUUUUUUUUACGGUUUUAACCUUGUGCAAGAUUUUAAUCCUACUUUGGCAGUUCCUAUUCGUAUCUUCGUUCUCAAAUCAAAAUCUUCUCAUUUAUACUCGAUUCAUUUGCUGUACUGGUGCGUGAAAUUCCAAACCCUAACUUGUUAGGGUUUAGAUUUAAAUUCAAAAUCCAUUAUGUCGGCUCUUAUCAGUUACUAAUAUCGAAGUGAAUCUUCUAAUUUAUAUAAUUCAUUCAAUUCAUUUGGUCUGCGAACAGUUCAAAUCAUAUCCGAUUUGCAGACUCGAGGAAAAGCCCUAAUUCGUUAAAAGUAGCUCCUUUUUCUGUAAUCUGUGAGGUACUGCAAUGGCGGAUCAACAAGAAGAAGAGGACAUGAGAAUGGCUUUGAGGAUGAGCAUGCAACAUACACCCCCGGAGCCGAAGCGGAGUAAACCUCGGGACGGAGCCGGUGCCUGCGUUGGAGCUACAGCAAUUUCUUCGCCGGAGGAGUCGCCUGAGGCGAAGAGCCGGAGAUUGCAGCGCGAGCUCAUGGCCUCUGCAGCCGAAAAGCGGAUGUUGGCAACGAAGAGUGCCUCUUCAGCUUCACCGAUCAAAGUUUCCCAUGACAGUGCCGUUUCUGUGAGUAAAGAGAAGGAAUUGGUAGCGGUAGAGGGUAAUUCCGGGAAGGAGUUAUCGCUGGAAGAUGCGAAUCAGUUGUUGUUCAUGGUGUUUGGUAGUGAGGUCUCAAAGGACAUACUUGCUCAGUGGACUAAUCAGGGAAUAAGGUUUAGCCCUGAUCCAGAAACAUCUAUGGGCCUAGUGCAGCAUGAAGGUGGGCCAUGUGGCGUCUUAGCGACCAUACAAAUCAAAGUUUUGCUUAUAGAUAUUGCUGAGAGAACAGAUCCCCCUACAGGCUACCGAAUAGUUGAAGUGAUUGAGAAUGUGAGGGUGCAAUAUGAAGGGGAAAGGAAGAUGGGGAUCAGUGCUCCAUGUUCACUGGAACUAAAUAAUCUUGGAUCUCAUUCAAUAGUUUCAAACUGGGUUGAAAAAUGUUUCUGUGCUCUUAGUGGGCCUGUUGAGUACUCAGUAUGA